AAGACUUAAACCCUCUCCUUGACUGUCACCAAACCCUUGCACCUUCUCCUCGCUCUUUCUCUGCAGAUGAAGCUUUUACGUUUCAGUACACUCCUCCAUAGCAUCAAAUCUCAUUUGGGUCUCGGAAAUGUAUCGGCUUUAAGCUCGUACUCAACAAAAAUAGCAGCACGAAGCUCGAGAACCUCGAGAUGGAAAGACUCCAUGAACGCUCUUUACCGUCGGAUCUCCCCGAUCGGAAGUCCAAGGGUCUCAAUCGUUCCAGUGUUGGACCAGUGGGUCGAAGAAGGACGUCCCGUUGACAAAGAACAACUCCAUGUCUUCAUUAAAGAGUUGCGAUCUUACCGACGAUUCCAUCACGCUCUUGAGAUUUCUAUGUGGAUGACUGACAAAAGAAACUUGCCACUUACAUCUGCUGAUGUUGCCAUUCGGCUGGAUUUGAUCUCUAAAGUUCAUGGCACAGGACAAGCGGAAAAUUAUUUCAACAAUGUUCCGGAACAAUUAAAGGGCCUUUCAGUUUAUAGUGCUAUGCUUAACUGCUAUGCCAGUGUAAAAUCUCUUGAAAAAGCAGAGGCCACCAUGCAGAAAAUGAGGGAUUUGGGGUUCGCUCGGACAUCAUUGGCUUACAAUGUUCUGCUUAAUCUUUAUUAUCAGACUGCAAAUUACAAGAAACUUGAUAGUCUGAUGCAUGAAAUGCAAGAAAAAGGCAUUGCACAUGAUAAAUUUACUAUGGGUAUACGCCUGAGUGCCUUUGGAGCUACCUCUGAUGUCGAGGGAAUUGAUAAGACUCUGGCAGUGAUGGAAUCAGAUCCCAAUGUUGUUGUGGACUGGACAGUUUACAAUAAUGCGGCAACUGGGUAUGCAAAAACUGGACACUUGGACAAAGCUUUGGAAAUGCUGAAGAAAUCUGAGGGACUGAUAACGGGUAAAAAGAGCAAUAAAGCAUAUGAGUUUCUUAUCACACAAUAUGCAAAAUUUGGGAAGAAAGACGAUGUUUUAAGACUUUGGGAACUUUACAAGAAGAACCAAAAGAUUUACAAUAAAGGCUAUAUGUGUGUCAUACCUUCAUUGUUAAAAUUCAAUGACUUUGAAAGUGCCAAGAAGAUAUUUGAAGAGUGGGAAUCAGUAAAUGGAUCCUAUGAUAUUCGGAUUUUAAACUUAAUGAUUAGUGCUUACAGCAGAAAAGGGCUUUUGCAGGAGGCAGAAACUCUUAUAGAUGGGGCAAAAUUGAAGGGGGGGAAGCCUAAUCAGACGACUUGGCUGCAUAUGGCAAUCGGGUAUGUUCAGAAUAGUCAAACUCAAAAAGCAGUGGAAGCGAUGAAAGAAGCAUUAGUGGUUUGUCGAACUGGGUGGAAGCCCAGGAAGAAAAUUUUUGCUGCCUGCCUGAAAUACUUUAAAGAUGAAGGAGAUGUAGAGGGAGCAGAGAAAUUCAUGAAAUUACUUAGGAAAAAGGAUAUUAUCUCUGUGGAGCUACAAGAUAGGUUGUUGAAUUAUGUCCAGAAUGGGAAAUCAAACGUGGAUGAACUCGGGUUUUUUGUUGAUUGUUUGAGUGAGAAUGGAGAAUCACAUAUAGAGCCCGAGUAUGAUUCCGGUGAAUCAGAAAAGGAAGAAGAGACAUGUUGAAUAAGCUGGACCUAGAAGGCAAAUGGAGGAGGAAGGUUUAUUUUGUGAAACGCCUUCCAUGUUCCGUUUAUUGUGAUUAGUGGUCUAAUAUUUUGUUGCCUAGUUUGAGACAAUGUAGGUAAUUACGGUUCAGGUUUCGUCAUCUAGAUAGGCAAGGAAGGCCACGAAUCAUGUGCAUUGGCUUUUAGCAAUUUUUGGGCACGGGAACGGACCUCGGUUGAGUCCUGAAAAAAAGUAUUGAUUUGAACAUGGACUGAAAUUUCUAUCAGGACCACACUGCAUCAGCAAUAUAUAAAAUGUAAUACAACAUUCUAGCUCAGGUAGAGGCAGUGAUUUAAGGUAUGUAGAUGAUGUUCCCAUUCAAAAUGCUUCAAGCAUAUUGGUUUAAUUGUUUAAAUCCAUUUCAGUUUGUUUGCUUUAAGUUUUCUGUUUUCAAUUGCACUUUCUGAUAUAUUACUUUUGUAUCGUAAUCGAAACUAGAAAUUUUAUUCUAGCAAUUGCAACUCUUGAUUAGAAUUCUGGUACUUGGUGUCACAGAAGAGCCUGUUUUUGGUUAAAUUCAACAAGGUAGAAUUUUGUGUAGGUUAAAUUUAAGAAUUGCUCAAAAGCGUGCU